AUGUCGACACCGCCGGCGGCUGCAACAAGCCCGAAGAGCGAGAAAAGUCCUGCCAAGAAUACUGCGAAAAGUCCCUCAAAGAGCCCCUCAAACAGCCCCCCUCAACAUGCACAGGUGAAUGUUGGAGAUACCGGCAUUCUGGAACCUACACAUUGGCAGCAGCUUGCCGAGGAGGAGAAUGUGAACCAAGACGAUGAUGCUCAUUCGCUGAGCGAAGAAAGUCUCGCGUCCUCGACAGAUUCAGUGACUUCUAUACUGGUGAGAUAUUCCAGUAUGUAUUCGUCGUGUACCGAGGCUCACUCGAAUAGGGCUGCAAACGAUGAAAGACAAAGUGAACUGCUCGAUAUCAACCACCACUGUCUGACGCUGGGUAUUGGAGGAAAGACGCACCUCGCGCCUCUUGAUACUGAGAAAAUUACAAAAGCGCUUGAUAUUGGAACCGGCACUGGUAUCUGGGCUCUAGAUUUCGCCGAUGAAUAUCCCAACGUGGAAGUUAUCGGCACCGAUGUAUCGCCAAUUCAGCCCUCUUGGGUCCCACCGAACCUGCAAUUUGAGAUCGAAGACUGUACCCAAGAGUGGACGUUUGCGCCCAACUCAGCCGACUACAUUCACAUCCGCUGGCUCAUCGGCAGUAUCCCCGACUGGUAUAAAUUCUUCCGCGAGGCCUAUAAGACCUGCAAGCCAGGUGGUUGGGUCGAGAGUUUUGAACCUUCGGGUAUUAUCACCAGUGACGAUGACACCGUGAAGGAGAGCUCUGCACUAGGUCAGUGGGGUAAGCUGUUUAUUGAAGGGGCUAAGAAGCUAGGUGUGAGCUUCACUGUAUAUGAAGAAGAGCUACAGCGGAAAGCCAUGGAAGCUGCUGGCUUUGUUGAUAUCCAGCAAUUCGAGUACAAGGUAAAUAUACUAUAUUUGCAGUGGACGAUGACUGAUAACAUUCGACUGCAGACUCCAAUUGGCGGCUGGCCCAAAGAUCCAGGGCUGAAGGAGCUCGGCCAGUUCGGCAAGCUUGCGUUCCUUGCCGAUCCUGAAGGUUUCGUGCUUUUUGUUGCAAAUACGAUCGGUUGGACGGAGUCGGAAAUCCAUGUGUUCCUUGCGCAUGCUCGGAGGGAGAUUCACUCGGGCAAGCAUCAUCCUUACUACAAGCAGCGAGUUGUAUGGGGCCUAUUCGAAGCUUUUUCUAUCCAUUGGAACGUGUCAUGGAUACAGAAUACUAGCAAAACGGCGAUUUCUGAGGAUUCCAAGAGCAUAAUCACCAUCACCCACGUUACCACCGCAACUGCGAUUGUUGAUAUCGAUGGUGCCAAGUUCAUCACUGAUCCCAUAUUCGACGAAGCUCCUCAGAGCCAUGACCGGUCACACGUGGCUGGGUUAAAGCCGGGCGAAUUCUUUCUUACGCUACAAGAAGGUCCUGCCAUAUCAAUCAAGCAACUCCCCAUCAUCGAAUGCGUCUUACUCAGUCACGAAGAUCACAUUGACAAUUUGGAUGAGACAGGCCGUCAACUUCUCAUUGGCCGGCGAGUCAUUACUACGCCUGACGGUGCAAAGAACUUAUCUCACCAUCCUGGCACAUGCGCUAUCGAGCCGUAG